AACAUGCAAUUUUUUGAUGAAGAUGGAAAAGGACGUGUUGUUGAUGAAUAUGAAGUUGAGCCAAUGCACCUUUCUGUUGAUAAGGAGCUUUUCGCCAUUGAAACGAAAGUUCUCGAACUCAGUUUCUACAGAACAAACCUGCAGAGAAACCUUUUAAGCCGAUCAUACAUCACUGCAUCAGGCUGUAGAUAAAAGGACUCAUGUAGAUGAUUAUAUGGAAAAUAUGCAAUAAGAGACGAUAUACAUUUUACUCAGAUGACGAAAAAACCAAGUUUUUUCAUUUGUUUUUUAGUAAAUGUCUCACUGCCUCGGCUGCUGCAAAACGAUUAGGUACAGUAUCAUGUUCGUGCGGCCCAAAGAUAGGUCAAGCGUUACUAUGAAGAUCCUGAAAGCAUUUUCGAGAAAAAGCAAAAAUGAGGUCGAUGUCGCAUUCUCGGGGAAAGAGCAUAAGCAGUCU